UCUCAUCAUUCUCCCAUUUUCACAAACCAAAAGCAUCCCUUCCAACAUCACACAUGGGCUGCCACCACACCCGAUUAUGAUUCACCCCGCUUUCAAUCGUCACCGUUCAUUCUCUUUUCCUUAUUAUAUAUACGUAAUACACACCCUUAAAAGCUAGCUAUACAAAGCCCAAUUUUCCCACUAACAAAGUUUCAACCCUUCUUCUUCUUCUUCUUCUUCUUUUGUUGAUAUAUAUGGAGAAGAGCAAGUCAUACCCGGAGUACUCUUCGGCUUACUCAGGCGAGUUCGGGUUCCGGGACAGCCGUUCGAACUCGUAUAACUUCAACGGGCCAUACCAUAAGGGAAAUGGAUUCGCGACGUCUAGCGAUCCGGAGCUCCAGAGGAAGAAAAGGAUUGCUUCUUAUAACGUGUUCACCAUGGAAGGUAAGCUUAAAUCAAGUGUGCGAAAUAGCUUCAAGUGGAUCAAGAACAAGUUUGGCGAUGCUCGAUAUGGUGUAUGAAAUAGUAAUUAAAUCUGAUCGAUCAGUAUUUUCAUUUUUUAUAUACAGUUUGUGUGUCAUGGUUUUUGAAUAUAGGCAGUCAAAGAGGGAAUACAUAACCAGCGUCAAGGACGAGCAAAAAAAAAAAAAAAAUUAUCUUUCUUCUCUGUAAACAGAAAAGAAGAUUAUGAAUGUCACGAUGAUGAUGAUUAUGAUGAUGGUAGGUUGUAUGCAAAGGGUGGCCUUUUUGCAUGAGAACAUGCAUGCCAUGCAUCAAUCUUAGCAGUAAGUCGAUAUGGGGUGUAAUAUGUUUAAUUUUUGCUAAUGGGAUAAAAAUAUUAACUGUUUCAACCUUCUA